AUGGGAUCAGGUUUGGAUACUAAGUUGAGAAAAGUGCCGAAAGGAAUUUCCACUGAUAUUGAAAUAAGUUUUGAUACAAAUAACAACAGUAAUGAAAGCCGAUUGGUCAGAAUUAUUAUCACCCACAAAGUGUUUAAAGACGCAGGAAGGGUUAUCGCAGUAUUGUUGCACCAGAAGGCAAGUAAUGAAGACAGCCUUUGGACUUAUAACAGAAGCAGCUACAGACUGAUCUCUGAUGUCGUGGGAGUUGUUCUUGACCCUCCCCAGAAUGAAACUAUUCAAAAUAAAAUCAUCAUUCAUUUUAGUCACAACGAGCCGAGCAUUGAUCCAAAAGCUGUUGAAAGGAAAUGUGUCUUCUGGAUAGAGGAUUUCAGCUCGUCGAACGGUUCAUGGUCAACUGAUGGUUGCACGGUACUGAAUGAUUCUUCUAUGCUAUCGACCGUUUGCAGUUGUAACCACCUUACGAAUUUCGCAGUUCUAAUGCAAUACAAGGACAUUAAGGAGGAUAACAUUCCACCAGAGCACAGAAGGGCAUUGCUUAUCAUCACUUAUAUCGGUUGCUCCUUGUCCCUCGUUGGGGAAGUAAUGGUCAUCUUCGUCUACGUGACAUUUAUGAAGAUCAAAGACGAAGGAAUCCAAGUCAGGCUAAAUCUUUGCACAGCUCUGUUUCUCGCUCAACUAGUAUUUUUGUCCGGAAUCGAUGCCACGAGUAAUAAGUCCGUGUGCAUCUUAGUGGCUGUUUUACUCCAUUACUUCUAUCUGGCAGCGUUUGGGUGGAUGCUUCUGGAGGGAGUUUUCCUGUACGUAAUGAUUGUUGAGGUAUUCAACACAGUGGACAUGCGAUACUUCUAUUUCUUUGGCUGGGGUUUCCCUAUCAUACCAAUAGUUAUUUCUCUAAUAAUUGGCUCAAGCGGUGAAAAAGGACUUGAGAGUUACACAAAUGAAAACUUCUGCUGGUUGUCCUUCCAGAAGCGUUUGAGCUGGGCCUUUAUUGUCCCGGUGUUAUUUGUGACAAUUAUCAACUUUGUAAUACUCAUGGCGGUGUUGCGAGAAAUCAGAAAUCUUCAUGAGCCUAAUCCUUCUAAAAUGAAGACCUUCAGAAAAACUCUGAAGUCAUUUCUUAUUUUAAGUCCUCUGCUGGGUUUAACCUGGGUAUUUGGUCUCUUGGCUGUAACAGACGCAGGAUUGGUGUUCCAGUAUGUUUUUACCAUUCUUAACUCUACGCAGGGUAUGCUCAUAUUUCUCUUGCUCGUGCUGAGAAACAGUGAAGUUCGUGCAGCUUUCCGUCACAAAAUGCUGAAAUGGAGAUUCAACACAUUUCACAGGAGCUCUUCCGGUCGUAGUCAGGCAGAGGUGUAUGCACAGUACGGUGGCCAGCGGAAGCGGCAAAUAGACCCUGAAGAAACUAAAAAGGAGCUGAGUCAUAACACAACAUCAAAAGAGCAGAUAGCAUUUAUCACAAGGCUACCUCCUCCGAGCGUUCACUAAAUCCGUCUGUACAUUUUCCAACAUCAUUUUUUUAACUCUUAAAUCCUUAGGAGUGACUGGGAUCUAAUUUCUCUGUAUGCAACACUGCUCAAUCAAACAUUAAAGAGAUUUAACCAUUCGAAAUUCUCCCCAUAAAUGUUAAAGAAGUCGACAACCAUGCCGCCAUUAUUCAAAAGAAAAUAAGAGCCAAAACAAAGCCACAAUAGGAGAAAAAAUGUCCUUUCAUGUUGCUCUACUCCUAGCAGCUGCUUAGAUAGAUCGCCAAGUGGUGUUACAAAAUGUUACAAAUCAAAGUGCUCUGUGAGCAAACUCGUGAAUUGACAGAUUACUUACAUGAUUUUUUGGAUUAUGUUUAAUGUUAUCUGGUUUAGGGAAUUUUUUGGUUGAUUGUCAUAUUUUGAGUACGAGCAGUAGUUCAGUGUUCGCUAAUGUAGCAAAGAAACAAAGUAACGUUGGGAUAAGAAGGCAUUACAAUUGAAAUGAUCAUGCUAUUACAUUUGACAAGGGUGGAUGAUGUCAUGUGUUUUAAACAUAUAUCAUUUUUGUUUCUGGUUCAAAAGAAAAGGUUGGAAGUAAAUGUGGGUGAAAAGUGAAAUUUACUGUCUAUCAUUGUAAAUAUUGGAAAAUCAAGGCAAUACUGUCUUAAUGAAAA